UGAGUGCAGCUGAGAAACCAAAAUGCCUGCGCGAUCUGCAUGGUGGCACCGUGCUUUGCUAUUGCUUCUCUCCUCUGCACCCCUGUGGGCAGCUGAGAUUUCCUGUAGGAAUGAAGAUGGGGAGGCAGUUGACUGGUUUGCUCUUUACAAGUUGCCAAAACAUGUCAAAGGAGAGAUUCCCAUGCUGGGGCUGGAAUAUCUGUACAUGGACACCUUGGCUCCACAGUGGCAGCUCAGUAAAUACCUUGUCAACAUGACACAGGGUGCUCUGGGACAAACACUGAAGCAGCUGUACGAGACAUACGAAUCUGAGAAGAACAAUAUUGUAUAUGCAAUAUACAACGACGAGGCCCCUGAAUCAAACGCCAAUGGGUGGAAAAGAGGACAUACCAAAGGAUUUCUGCUCUUGGACAAAUCACAAGGCUUCUGGGUGAUUCACAGCGUGCCCCUGUUCCCUCCCAUCCCUGAGGAUGGUUAUGGGUAUCCAGCUACUGGGGAAUUCUUUGGACAGACAGCCAUCUGUAUAACCUUCAAAUAUGACCAGUUCACAGAAAUAGAUCAACAGAUGCUGAGUUAUAAUCCAGGAAUCUACAGCUGUUCCAUUCCUAAAAUCUUCCAAGCUGAUCUCCCAUAUCUGCAGAAGCUCUGUGCAGGGUCCAGGCUGCCCUCAGUCCCCUUGCGCCACCUCUCCAAGCUCCAGUCAGCUCAUGGGGAAACCUUUCUCCACUUUGCAAAGUCACGCUUGUUCAUAGAUGAUAUCUACGUGGCCUGGAUGGCUCAGGAACUGAAGACUGAUUUGUUGGCUGAAUCCUGGCAGCAUUCUGGCCAAAAACUUCCCUCAAAUUGCUCUCUUGACUACCAUGUCUACAACAUAAACCUAAUAGGGCUGCCACUGAAUGCCACCUUUUAUUCCAUUAACGAUCAUUCCAAAUGGGCUGUUUCAAGUAAAUAUGAAGAUCAGUGGGCCUGUAUCGGAGACUUAAACCGUGCAGCCGAACAAGCGUGGAGAAGCGGUGGGUUCAUCUGUACACAGAAUGAGCACAUCUACAAAGCCUUCAGACAUUUGAUAAUCCACUAUGAAACCUGCACCAGUGCUUCCACACUGAUAUAAGGAACCAUUCUUCCCAAACAGCACAGCUUCUCCUUACAUAGAAAGCGUAUCAAAUGUCUCUCUAAAACUUUAUUUUUACUCUAAAAAAAGCCCCUGUAAGUUGCCAGAUGUGUUAGACCCUCACCUCGUUAGCUAUAAAAGCAGAUGGUUUGCAGGUAGAUUACAGCUGGUUUUUCCUGGGUGCCAGACCAGUAGGCUCUGCACGUGCUCAGCCCAUGCUCCUCUUGCCAUCAGGGACAGGGACAGGAUGGUGCUGCAUAUUGCUGUGAGCAACCACAUACAAGCAUCCCUGGGAGGAACUUGUGAGGCAUGCUGGAUGUGGGACAGGAGGAACAACAGAAACCUGUCUCAUUAGCUAGGCUGUCAGGGCUGGGCAGUUAUCAAGAGCAAAAUACCCCAAAAUGCUUUAAAAUUGCACUGUAUUCCAGCACUGUUGAGAUCAGUCACAGCAUUUCUGCUGCUCAGUUUGGGUUGACUCUCCUUAGGCACCUGACAUACUUGGAUACAGACAGGGAAGCAAGCAGAUCUGUGGACAGGAAGGCUUUAUUUUUACAUGAUUAAUUUUUAGAGAAGAAAUGAGCUUUAAAUCAUUUGUAACCAGUAACUCGAGAGUAUUCCUAGUGGUUUUAUUCAUGUACAGCAAUCUUAUAAACAAAUAAACAUGUCCAAAAUAUGAA